CCACAUCGCGCAUAGCACGUAGGCCGACCGUCAACGACGAUCGGUUCAUCGACAAGCACCGUUAGUUAGUUAGUUACCAAAGCUCGUGCGAAGCACUUGCAAUCGUUUAAUUGUCGCUUGUCGCCUUUCGCUCGUCGAAUUAUCGACCACGAAAAUCUAAUCGCAUUUAUUGCUUAGCUGAGAAAGUGGAUUAUUGAUUAGAAGUGCGCGCGAUAAGCAAAGAUACAUACAAGAUACAAGAAACAGUAACACACUUGACUGUUGCUCCGUGUUCCAUGUUCAGUCUGCGUUCAAUUGUCGUCGGCAUCGAGUGCUAAAGCAAUGGCCCCCAAAACUAAAAUUCCCAACAGUUCGCAAAUUGAGGAAUUGCGUCAAAAGUUCAACAAAAAAUAUGCCGCGUCGCAGCUGACAGAGCCGUUUCAUCCCAUUGACAUUGAUCGCAUACGCAAUGAUCAUUUGUGGCUGCAACGCUUUCUGGAGCAAUACGAUCUGGAUGUGGAGACGUCUCUUACCAAACUCUGGGAAACGUGCCAGUGGCGUCUGUCAUAUGGUACCAAUGAUCUAACCGAGGCAGAUCUCAACCAGGAGUACUUGAGAGAGGGUUGCAUCUAUGUGCACAGCCAGGAUGUGGAUGGGAAGCCGCUGCUCAUCUUUCGUGUCAAGCUGCAUAGCAAAACCAAGAAUCUGGAUGAGCUCAUUCGCAUCGUCGUCUAUUGGAUUGAGCGGCAGCAGCGCGAAAACCAUUUGACCCAACUGACUCUGGUCUUUGACAUGGCUGGCACUGGGCUGGCCACUAUGGAUGUGGACUUUGUGCGACGUGUUGUGGAGACCUUUAAGCUCUAUUAUCCCAAUUCGCUCAACUAUAUCCUGGUAUUCGAGCUCGCCUGGAUACUCAAUGCUGCCUUUCGGGUCAUCAAAGCUCUGCUGCCCCCGAAAGCCGUUGAGAUUUUAAAAAUGAUAUCGAAAAAGGACGUCACUCAGUAUGUGCCCCCAGAUAAAUGUCCUGUCAUGUGGGGUGGCCAUGACGAUUACGAGUUUCAAUUUGUGCCAGAGUCCAAAAGUGUGCCUCCCAAAUCGAUGGCAGCCAAUGCCGGUGACGAUGACCAGCCCCAUCAUCAUCAGGAUAUGGACUUGGAUAAAAAGGUUCAUUUCGCCAAGAGCGUUACACAGACGCCACGCAAUCCGAGCGAUUCCGAUAUGGGUAUGUUGCAAUUGGAGCCCAACGAGUAUGUCAACAUUUGCCCACAGAGUGGCGAGGCAAAGCUGAAGCUCACAAACAUUUCCAAAGAAGCGGUCGCCUAUAAGAUCCAAACCACAUCACCGGAUAAAUUCCGAGUACGUCCGCGCUGCGGUGUUGUGCUAGCCAAUGAUAUCGCCGAGGUGAGCAUCUGGCUAAAACCGGAUCAUCAGCUCAGCACCGAUACGAAAGACAAAUUUCUAGUCAUGGCAGUGAUUGCGCCCUCUAUCGAUAGCAGCGCCACGGAAAUAACUGAAUUGUGGCGGCAAAAGGACACCACGGAUCCAGAUGUGGAAAAUCAUCGUCUCGUCUGUCGUCUGGAUGAAAAGAAAAAGGGCGACGAUCAGUUAGGACGAGCGAGCGAAAAGGAACAGGGCCUUAAGGAACGUGCCGAUCAAAUUGAAGCUAAGCUAAACUUCACCACAAAUUUACAAUACGCAACAUUAGCAUUAUUAGUGCUACUGUUUGCCGGCUUCUGCUUUCUGAUGUACAAUCAGAUGCAGGGCUUGGGCGGCGGUAGCUGUGAGCAUAAGGCGAGCUCGAAGGCAUUUUCGUGUCCCAAGAACAAAUAAUGUUUACUGUCUCAAUGCAAUUUGACCAUGCAAGACGAAGCCACUGCCAGCGAUCAAAACCAACACAGCAACAACAAUAAAAAUAAAAACGACGACAGCAACAACAA